GCCGAGGGCCGGGAACGCGCGAGCUCGUAUCCACGGCUGCGAGGAGGGUUUCCCCAGACCGAGGCGUGGAAACGGGGUGCCCCGGCCUCCCGCCCGCUGCCCGCGCGUUCUUCGCGGUUGCGAUCGCCGUGCACCCGGCACGAUGGGUGCCAACGAGGACCAGGAGAUGGAAUUAGAAGCUUUGCGUUCCAUCUAUGAAGGAGAUGAGAGUUUCCGGGAAUUAAGUCCAGUUUCGUUUCAAUAUAGGAUAGGUGAAGACGGGGAUCCUAAAGCCUUCCUGAUAGAGAUUUCCUGGACGGAGACGUAUCCCCAGACGCCCCCCGUGAUAUCCAUGAACGCCUUUUUUAACAACACCAUCUCCCCGGCUAUAAAGCAGAGUAUCUUAGCCAAACUGCAGGAGGCAGUGGAAGUGAACCUCGGCACCGCCAUGACCUACACGCUGUUCGAGUACGCUAAGGACAAUAAGGAGCAGUUCAUGGAGAGCCACCACCCCGGCAACCCCACGACACCUAUAGCCAAAAUCAUCUCAGUUGAAACUCCCAGCACAGCCCCAUCAAGUAAGAAAAAAGAAAAGAAAGAGCAACUUUCGAAAGCUCAGAAACGCAAGCUGGCGGAUAAAACAGAUCACAAAGGGGAGCUUCCUCGAGGCUGGAACUGGGUCGACGUCGUGAAGGUAUGGCAUACUUACAUUCAAGUCUUCAAAGUUGUUAAAGUUACUGCCGUCAAAUAACGAAAUGUGUAUUUUCCAUUUUCCUUCCUGCUGCCUUUGGGGUUUCCUGGCUGUCUGUUUGCAUCUUUGGACUCAGCACGUAAGUAUUUUUGAAGUCUUUACGUUCUCUGUUUCCUCGGUAUUCGAGGCUCUUUUCUCAGAAGAGCAAGCCCUGUAGCUAGAAGCUUGGCCCUGGUCCCUCUGCUGUGCUGCCAUCCUGCGCUCAGUUUCACUGUGGAAGAGAUUUGUGCGAAU